CUGAGAACGUUUUGCUGUGGGUGUAGUUUGAGUACGUUAUCAAGCAAAAAACCCCACAGCAACUUCCAAAACUGGACAGCAUUUUACACUGACGGGUUUCGGCUUUAUCGACCCGCCACUGACUUGGUAAAGCAGCCUAAUAUAGAUGGAAAACCAGCAGCCUGGCAACCCUGGUGAGCGCUGAACGAGUGGGGAAAUUGAUUGACGUUACCGGCGGCCAAUGGAGCACAGGCUAAUGGGGUAGGAUCCGAGGGGAAAUUGAUUGACGUUACCGGCGGCCAAUGGAGCACAGGCUAAUGGGGUAACGGCUUUGAAUGAGUGAAAUGAGUGAGAACAAACCUCCCAACGCUGAGGGAACAAACGCGCAGACAGAGACGGUUACCAAUCCUUUGCCAUUUAAACACCCGCAUUUUCUCCACUCAGGCAUUGGCGGCGCCGCAGCUGGCAAGAAGAACAGGACCUGGAAGAACCUGAAACAAAUUCUUGCUCUAGAAAGGGCAUUGCCAUGGCAACUAAACGAUCCAAAUUAUUUCAGUAUUGAUGCUCCUCCAUCUUGCAAGCCAGCAAAGAAAUACUCGGAUAUCUCAGGACUCCCUGCCAACUAUACCGACCCUCAGAGCAAGUUACGGUUCAGUACGAUUGAGGAAUUCAAUUAUAUCAGAAUGCUCCCUACUGAUGUAGUGACGGGAUAUCUAACCCUAAGGAAAGCUACAAGUAUCGUUUCAUAGCCAAGUCAACAUACAAACACUAUUUAUUAUUAACUGUGGAUGUAAAUAAAACAUUUUUCAUUUUCAGUGUGA